AUGCCCAUCAGCGAUGGAUAUGGCCACGGUUCUUGUCCCCCGGCUGGCGUCAGAGCCAGUGGACAGCUCUUUGGAAGAAGACAUCUUCUGCACUGCCCAUGAUUGGCUCGCAACACAAGAGUCUCCAGCCGCCGCAAGAUCGGACACCGACAUGCGCCAGCAGUACCAGGGAAACAGAGCCGACGAGAGAGAAAUCAUACACGCGGCCGACUCUCUGUCCACUACGGACUCGUUCCACACCGUACCCGAUGGCCACCCGAGCGAAUCAAAACGAGCACCGACCUAGCCUGCAGCAAACGAGGGAAGUGGAUGCAAGUCACUGGCUGGUGGUUGGCUUUCCUCCGAGAGUCACUGAUAGCAUAGCAUCGGCCAGCGGGCUGACGCAUAGCGCACUGCCGAGCAGGAGCCAGACGCAUCACUACGCUCAGAGACCGGGGGACAUGCCAGGGAGCGGCUUCCCGGCGGCAUACUGAUGCCUCGGUCGCAUCGGUUGGCCAGUGCGAUCGCGGAACACCCGUCCUUUCACGCACUUGCCGGACAGAGCCUGCGCCAGCAGUGGUGCCACUCAUGGCAGCGGGAAUGCCCGUCAAACGGCCCGUGCAGUUCAGCCUUGCGACCACAACAACAGCAACAACCGCCAAGGGAAGAACAGAAACAGCAACUCCAUCUGCAGCAACAAGUGCAGACGUGCCCUCCCACUCUGCGUAUCGCCCAUCGAAAAGCACCGACAUGAGAACUUUUACCUCUGCCUGCUUCUGGGCAUCAGCAUGGGCUUGGCAGCAGUGGCGCUGUGUCUGCCGACACUCUCGUCACCGGGAUGCUAGAGUACAACGGGGUUUCGGCCAUGGCAAGACAACGCAGCCGGGCACAUUCACCGUGCUCGCCGCGCGAGGCCGAGCAAGUCGCAUUGGACGGAGGUCCGAGUGCUGGCUCGGCGAGUACGUGCCGAGUGCGGAGUGCAGCAGUGCCAGAGGGUACUGGUGAUCAGAGGGAUGGCAACAGGCAAUCACACGAAUCAGGGCAAACGGCACGUCCAGAAGUUCCGCGGCCAGUCCCGAGGCCAAGACGGCUAGGCCGUGACCUCGGCAAGGCCUCGGCAAACAGCUCGGAGGUCGUACGUUCACCAGACGGUACAUUCGUGCCAGUGAUCAGUGAGCCUGCUCCUCGAAGCGGCACUGUCCACAGCAGUGCUCACGAGCGUCAGCAGAGGCUAGACAACCGCUCAUCCCCGCUGCCAGAGCUAUCCAAUGGGAGACAUUGGCGCGAUCCCAGCCACACUGGGUCACCUAGACGACACAGCAUGGACAGAGUUGAUGUCGCACCACACCACCAGCAACAUCACCAUGAGCCGCAUCAUCCAGGGUAUCCGGAACACCAAGUGCAUCGGCCGUAUCAGCAUCAAGAGCCUCACCACCAGCCAUCGCCACAGCAGCAGCCACACACUCCGCACCCAAAGCGGAUAACUCCAUCGGUGCCACGCGGCCAUCACCAGAACCCACCGCAGACCAGGCAGCAGCAGCAAGCGCAUCAUGCCUCUCACGAAUCCGAGCGGCAGAAGCAGCAAUCAGCUCCGUUACUCCAGCAGCAUCCGUGUGCACAUGUACAGGAAAGGGACAGGAGUCCGCCUCACAACGUGCAGUCAGCUCAACGAAAGCCUAGUGAUACCCGUGGAGGGUCGCAACAGCAACAACAACAACCACGACCACAACAACAACAACAACAACAACAACAACAACAACAACAACAACAACAACAACAACAACAACAACAACAACAACAACAACAACAACAACAACAACAACAACAACAACAACAGCAGCAGCAACAACAGCAGCAACAGCAAGAGCAGCAACAACAGCAACAGCAACAACAACAACAACAACAACAACAACAACAACAACAACAACAACAACAACAGCUGCAGCAACAACAGCAGCAACAGCAGCAACGGCAGCAACAGCAACAACAGCAACUGCAGCAGCAGCGGCAGGAACAUGAGAAGGUAUCAUAUGACGACAGAAAAUAUGCGUGGUACGGUCAGCAUACUGCUCGCCGAGCGGAUCAACAAGUUGGUCAGCCAGUGGGUCAACACAGGCAUUAUCCACAAGCAGGGCCCAGUCUGCAGACUGCUCAACAAGUGAGUCACGAAGUGGAUUAUCCUACACCAAGGCACAACCAACAUGCCACUCAUCAAGCGGAUUACCCACAAGUACAAGAAUAUGAUCCUGCACACAGUCCAAGGAACUAUAGCGGCCAUAGUCUACAGCAACAAGCACACCAGUAUCACCACGCGACACAACAACAACAGCAGCAGCAGCAGCAACAGCAACAGCAGCUGCAACAGCAGCUGCAACAGCAGCAGCGUCUGCACUAUUCCCAGCAGUCUUGGCAAGUUCGUUCGAAUCCGGCCGACUCCAACCAGCCGCUGCAUGGAAGUUCCCCAGCUCUCGACCCCGCUCCAAGAAUGAGCGGAGUGUCGCAUCCUAAUGGCACUGCGGCUAGCCGGCCGCAGUUUGACAGCAGCUCUGGUUCAGUCCAGCCUGGGAUCAGCCAGAAUUACCAUCAUGACCAGGUUGGUAAUGGAGUACCAGUGCCACACUCUGGCGGAGGAAGAGAAAGAGGCCGGGCCGAUCGAACGGACACGGACCAACACAGCAGCAGCAGCAAGGGCGCUACGAAAGAUCCCCAUGCUGCAAAGCAAUUCCUGGGUGCAGAACCAUACACGAAUGCGCCGUCUUCUCUGGCAAGCCUGGGGCAAUCUCGGUCACACGGCACGACACGGCCACCUCUUGACACGCCACCGUCGUCACAUGACAUUACGUCAUCGGAGAUGGGCGUGACAUCAUCAGCACGUGGUCAAUCCAUGAGCCAGAACGGGUCAUCGGUUGCCAUGGCAAGCACUGCACAGAGCCACAUGUCAUACCGGACUAACAGUGAGCAGCAGGCUGGAGGCAACACCACUGUGAAUGCCUCUGCGGAUGCAAACAACGCUAAAGAUGUCCAUGCCAAAAUGAUGCAUUUCGACGACCAGCUGGAGCUGGAGCGCCUCCGGAAACUCGAGGCUAGUCUAAAGGCCCUGGGCCCGAAGAGUCUAUUGGCCCUUGUAGACCCACAGAAGGGUACUGGCAUCGCUGGCGCCGCCGCAUCGGACGUUGCCACGGAUACUGGCACACCGCGGGGCACGUCUGCACGCAGUGGAAAGUCUGCACGUGGGCAUGGUCGCGCAGAUCAGAACGAGCCCGCCGUGACGCUUCCGGAAGAAGUAGAAGAAGAAGACCCGUGGCAAACUCUGUUUCCAGCCACGCCCGAGGCCGGUAUCAUGCGCCUGGGCCAUGCCUCUGACACCAUUGCACUCUGCUAUCAAGAACGCUUGAUUACACUGGCCGAGAAAGUUCGCCUUUCUGGGAUGCGUGGCACGAGUGACCUGGACAGGCAUCAGCUGCUCGUUGACAUGAUCAACGCCAGCCACCCGAAUGCCAUCGGUUUCAAGCGCUUCGUGCACGUCAUCUGGUGCAAGGGCGGGCCCUAUCGCCGCUUCUCGUCCGCGCUCAAGCGGAAAGCCAUGCAGAGUGGCCUCAAGGGUCUCCAGAACUGGGGAAACUUUGCUCCGGAUUGACCGCAAUGCGUAUGGUUCCACUUGCAGUGUCAUGUAUACUAGUGGGAUCACAAUUGACCGUACCCGCUGACCCAGUAUGAGUAAGUGCAAUGUCCCGACUCCUAUAUGGGAGCACGGCAGAGAGAUCACCGCGUGACCUGCAGUCAUGUGUCGGUCAGACGCACAUGGCGGGAAGGAAACCAAAAUAAUGCCCCAAACACGGCGUGAUGGACUCGUCGUGUCUGGGGAAAAAGAGCUCCCCCCCCCCCCCGGAGUAUGCAGGUCUUGUACAUUCUCAAUCACUUAAUCAUCAUCAUCAUUAGAUGCUUUCUUUUCUGAUGGCUAUCAUCAAAACUAGACUAUAUCUCGGGCGCAUAUACAUGUAUUAUGCAUUGUCACUUGUCCGAUCCUCUUUCACCCCGUUCUAUCGGUAUCCAUGGUAACCACUUGAACGCCUUUCAGGGCUUACCUAUUA